GUGACAGCAAGAGCACAUCACAGCUCACAGAGCUGCUUCCCAGCCCUUAUAUGAGAGUCCACAGGGUGAGAAAGUCCACUAGACAGCAGAGAGUCAAGGCAGAAUUCUGAAGAGCACUAUCCUGGUAAAAUCCCAGACAACUGCUGCCACCUUCACAGCAACUAUGGGAGACCAUGCUGGUGAUGCCCAGGUGGAGGAGAAGCUGCUUCAGCUGAGAUGUCACUUCACAUGGGGACUGCUGAUUGAAGACAUUGGCAUACCUGAUCUGGAAAUGAGAAUCUGGGAAGAGCUUGAGUUCCUUGACAUCAAUAACCCAGUGCGGAUGCACAACCUGCUGGCCUACGUGAGGCACCUGAAAGGCCAGCAUGAGGAAGCCCUGCAGAGCUUGAAAGAAGCAGAAGCCUUGACCCAGAGGGAACAGCUAGAGAAGAGAAGCCUGGUGACCUGGGGAAACUGUGCCUGGGUGAAUUACCACAGGGGCAGCUUGGUAGAAGCCCAGACCUACCUGGACAAGGUGGAGAACGCUUGCGAAGAAUUUGCAAGCCCCUUCCGCUACAGGAUGGAGUGUGCCGAGAUGGACUGUGAGGAAGGCUGGGCCUUGCUGAAGUGUGGAGGACAGAAUUAUAGACGAGCCAUGGCCUGCUUUGCAAAGGCUCUGGAAGUGGAUCCUGAAAACCCUGAAUACAACACUGGCUAUGCUGUUGCAACCUAUCGUGUAGACUUUGAUGAGGACUGUAUUUCUCUGGAACCCCUCAGGAAGGCUGUCAGGUUAAAUCCAGGAGAUCCGUAUCUAAAAGUUUAUCUUGCCCUGAAGCUUCAGGAUGGGGGAGAAACAGCUGAAGCAGAAACACACAUUGGAGAAGCUCUCAGUAGCACAUCCUGCCAAACCUACGUCUUUCGCUAUGCAGCCAAGUAUUACCGAAGGAAAGGCUGCAUAGACAAAGCUCUAGAUCUCCUACACAGGGCCUUGCAGGCAUCACCUGAUUCUGCCUACCUGCAUUACCAAAUAGGACUCUGCUACAGGAAACAAAUGAUCCCACAGAAGGCAUCCAGAAACAGGCAGCUCAGAAGGCAGGGCAUCAUGCAAGAAUUGGCACAACAGGCUAUUUGUGAAUUUCAAAGGACUGUGGAACUGAGGCCCACAUUUGAGAUGGCUUAUGUUUACAUGGCUGAAAUACAGGCAGACAUUCAUCAAUACGAAGAAGCAGAGGCAAAUUUCCAGAAGGUUCUGAACAUGAGGAACCUUGAAUGUCACAUAGAGCAGGAUGUUCAUUUCCGCUAUGCCCGUUACCAACAAUUUCAUCAGAAAUCAGAAGACAAGGCGAUCACCCACUAUUUAAAAGGUUUAAAGACAGGAGAAAAGACCUUUGCCUGGAGGAAACUUCUCACAGCUUUGGAGAAAGUGGUUGAAAGACGUGUUGACCACAAUGUUCUACCUGUGGAGAGCAUUGGCCUCCUUGGGUUAGUCCACAAACUGAGAGGGAACAUGCAGGAGGCCCUGCUGUGCUAUGAGAGGGCCCUGAGGCUCACUGGGGAGAUGAAUCCUGAGUUUUGAAUGCAGCUCUACUCUGUGAAGUUGAUAUACUCAUCACUGAGGUUGCUGCUCUCCUUCCUGAAGUUGUCUCCAGAACUGCAUAGCUUGCUGAAAUGCCAAGUUCCUAACGCAUUUGCUCCUGCCACCUCUUUCUCACCACUCGUUGUCAUUGUUAGGUCUAAAGGAACUUCUGUGACCACUACACUUGUUCACUUAGUGACCAGUUCUGACUCCUGCUGUUCUAUAAUCCUUUAACUCCAUGUUUUUUUCUCAUGUCUAUGCCUUAGGUAGGAAAGUGUUCUAUCCUCUGCCUGCUAGUGUUCUGGACAAAGAAGACUUCUCCAACAUGGUUUAAUUUUGGAACACCAGAAACUCUUACUAAAGUAUAAUUUCAGAGCAAAACAAAUGAUCAAUGGAGAGAGUUUGAAAGCAGUAGGUGUCUCACAUUAGUGGGUACUUAUUAAUCCAGAAAACUUUAAGUGUGUUAGAGAUAGAAGGAAUGCCUUCCUUAGGUUGCAUGUACUGAGAACUAUAUAAAUAACUUUAUUCUAUAUUUGUAUGCUAAGAAUAUUCAGUCAAAGCAGCUUCAAUAACAAAUUUGCUAUAUCUUGUUGGUGACAUUUUAAAAGAUGAAAUUGUAUGUUUGUAUAGUAUCUUGCUUAUCUUUUGUUCUCAGCUUGAAAUAUUCUGAGGUCAUCUGGAAAGACUUGCUCCCAUCAGACUGGCUUAUGGGUAUAUUACGGGGUUUUUGUUUUGAUUCUUACCUGUUGAGGACACAGCCCACUGUGGUGGGUUUCAUCCCUAGGCAGGUCAUCUUAACAUGUAUAAGAUAUCUAGCUGUGCAUUUUCCAGUAAGUAAAACCAGCAAGCAGAAUUCCUUCAUGAUUCCUACUGUUUCCUGCCUUGACUUCUUGCCCUGAGUUUCUUCAGUAAUUGAUUGUUAUCUUGAAGUUUAAGUCAAAUAAACAUCUUCCCAGUUGUUUUUUGAA